AUGGACGAAGAUGAAAAAGUCGCGCGUGCGGCGCCGAUGGCGACCGAAUCUGAUGACGAAGAAGAUAUGCCGGACUACCGUGUUCUAUCAACGCUUUCGCAGCGUCAUAUCGCAGGAAGCACGUCAACUGACACUGCUACGCCAUUUAUUCCCAAGCGCGGCGAAAAAGAUUUCGAACCGACAGGCUUUGGCGGUCAAAGCAAGAUCCUGGAGCAGAGCAGAGCAGCUCUUUUCACAGCCAUCUCUCUUCCUCGUGCCCAUUCCAGCAAAUCCUUGUGCACCGCAACAUGGGACCCCGUAUUCCAGCGCGCGUUUGUGCACACGCAGCGUGGACAAUCUUGUGCACAUGUGGGCGUGUCCGAGCGCCGUGUAUGUGGGGACAAGACAAUCACACAUUUGGAGCUUUUCCCGGAAGAGGCCGUGUACCUUAUUGAGCGCGGUGCGCUGGACUGCCGGUGGACACAGACGCCUGGCGACAUCCCUUCAUCCGAGUUGUUUGCAACGAGUAUACCCAUAUCAGUGGCGCAAGCCUAUGCCCAGCUUCUUGGUCGUGAUGGCGCUACACUCGCGCGGUAUCAGAUCUAUGCGUACUUGAAGCGUUUGGGCUACAUUGUCCAACGUACCUCAGUGAUUGAUCGUAUCCGGCAAGGCAUGACAGCCACGCCAUCCAAGCCGCGUCUUCAUGUGCGCUGGACACGUUCACUAUGGCAGUUCCUUUUCCGUGUCAUGUCGCGUGUAUGGUGCCUCUUCUUCUGCCUUAUUCGACGCCUAUACCGACGCCCGCGUGGUCUGCUGGGUAUUGCGCCUACUGAUGCCUUUGAUUCCGUCUAUGAUGCCUUACGUAUUGUGCCUACCGGUCACAACGAGAGGCCGCCUAGCACAGAGACUUCGGCGAUGUCGCCCUUCUUCUACGCAUGGCGGCCUGCUACGCACUUUAAACGUACACAACCACCGCCGCCCGAGUUCCGCAUAUGCGUCCUGGAAACCGAGAAGCAGCCUAUGCUGCAGGGCCGCGACUUUGAAGUGCUGUUCUCGCAUGUACCUUUGCCAACGGCUGACUCUAACGACGACCAAGACGCCAAGGCAUUGGAAGCGAUUCGCGAGCAGAACCGACGGGCGUACGGCAAGCAGCGUCCCGCGCGGCCACGCCCUGUCUCAAAGCACCCAACAACACGCCUGGGGCCUAUGCUAGCGCGCCUUCGUCGGUGCCUCGAUCUGCUGAGUGCAUGGCUGCGGGCCCUCUGCCUCUGGGCCGGCAUGCCUCUGCGCACGCCGGAACGGCUACCGUCGAAUGUAUACUUGCCACUGAAAGCCGGCCGACGCAGUGUCGUCGUGGCGAUUGUCGACCAAGGGACCAUGUCACUCUUGCGCUUCGGCGAGGCAGAGUUUGCGCGUUGGCGUAUUGCUGGUCAUCGCUAG